AUGAAUAGACGCAAGGAUGGCAGCCGCCGAGGCGCGGGGAUCCUCAGCGCCCUGCAGGCCACGGAGAUGAUUGACUCGAGAUCGAGGCUCCCGGCAGAGAUCAUGGUGACCAUCCUCGACUACCUCCCCGUCGCCGACCAGAUCCGCAUGGCCCGCACGUCCCGCCGACUCCAGGAAAUGGUAUACGACGACACAAGAUGGGUGUCGCGGUUAAAGAGCAUGGGCUGCUGGGACGAGCGGGAGGCGCGGCGACGAUUCGAAGAAGCGGUACGGCGGCGGCGCGAAGCUGCGGAGCGAGCCGCGGGCCAGCAGCCCGGCGGAGCGACAGCAGCCCACAAACCAGGGGAGACAACACUAUUUGACGCUUCGGUAGAAGAGCAAAAGCGGCGGCGUGCGGCAUCAGAUCUGAGAGACGGCUUCCAGACCAUGAGCCUGGGGGGAGCUCGCAAAGACGAUCCCGAGGAUGCCGACUCGUAUCUGGACGUUUUCAAGAGCGUCAAGAGCAUCAGGGGCGGUGCGAGGCAAGAGUACGGCAAGAUAUACGGUGCGCUGGCGCCAUUCUACUUUGACAUUGUCAAGGCGAGGAGUCACGCCGAUCCCAUCGUCUUCAAGGCAUUCCGCGAUCCGGAGAAGCAGGCGCAGAUGCUGGCCAACCUCAAGAGGUUCUCGAGAAGCGACUGGGCGCCCGGGCGCGCCGAGCGCGAGGAGAAGCUGGCGUCGAUGACGGGCAUCUUUGAGAGCGCCGUGGUGCGCGAGUUUGAGCAGGGCUACGAGUUUUGGGACGUGGAUGGGAGGAUGAAGCGCUACGCGCAUGUGCUGCACACGCUCGGCGGCGCGCGUGGCGGCAUCGAGCUGUUCAUCCACAAGCAUCCCAUCUUCCACGAUCGGGACCUGACGCUCAACCCGGUCGAGUGCAUCAACAUGGGGCCCACGGAUAACGUCUCGCUGGAGCCGGCGCGCCGCUUCCAGGAGGUGCUUCUGGCCAAGGUCAACGACCAGGCCGGCGUCAUAGAGCGCAUCUUUCCGGAACCGGCGGCCGUAUUCUGGGAGUUUGUGGACAAGGUGCGCGAGGAUAUCAUCAUGGAGUACACGACGCCUUUGUUCGACGAGUGCCACGAGCGGAGCAUCGCGUCGUACCUCAAGGCCGUCUCGGGCGUGUUCGAGCAGACGAUGCGCUUCUUUCAGACGCUGACGCCGCCGCAAGGGUCCCACGGGGAUAUCAACGAAAAGGCCAAGGACCUGACGCUUCGGGUUUUUGAGCCGCAUCUUGAUCUCUAUCUGCAGGAGGAGCUCGACUUCUUCACCAAGCAGGCCGAAACGGAGGUGUCGCAGUGGGAAAAGAAGCUGUCGGAGCAGGACUCGUCGCUCGAGUCGUUCUACAUGGCCAACUUCAACCGCUCGGCAGAGAAGAAGGACUUUUUGAGUUCCUUCAAGAAGGUGGUGAUGAUGCCGGUGACGGUGCUCCCUAGCUUUCCAAUAGGGUCUCCGUUCGCGACGACGAAGCCCGUCACAGCAUCGGGGUCUGGCGCCAAUGGGUCGCAGGCGGUGACUCCGACUCCCUCACGGCCGGAGACACCUGGGCUGGGUGGCAGGGCGAGUCCGAUGCCUGGUGGCGGCAAGGCGCCGACGGACGAGCUGGCGGCCAAGGCGGCACUCAUGGCGUCGAAGCUCGAAGGCAUCAAGUCACUGUGCAGCAUCGAGGUCGCGCUGAACCUGGUGCACGCGGCCAAGACGAGCCUGGGGCGGGCGGCGGUCCUCAUCCCGCUUGGGGGCCAGACGGGCGGCGAGGCCAAAGAGCAGUGCGCCAACAUGUUUGUGGUGUUGCUGCGCAUCUUGGGCCAGCGGCACGUCAAACCCGGCUUCGACACGGCCGUCGACCACCUGUCGCACUACAACCCGCGAGACGUGGUCAACGACCACACCCGAAAGGGGGUGGCGCCGCUGGUGACGUUUAUCGAGCUGGUCAACGUGGGCGACCUGAUAUCGCAGAUGAUUGACGUGUUUUACGAGCAGCAGCUGGCGACGCCCAAGAUCGCGGACAAGAACGACUUCCUGGACCCGGCGGGCCUGGCCAAGAAGAAGUUUGAGCAGAUGCUCGACGAGAGCGUCGCGGCGGGGCUGAACCGCGGCAUCGACGUGCUCAUGGACGAGGUCGAGUACCUGUUUGGCACGAUGCAGCUGCCGACCGACUACAACCCCGUGGCACCCGCUGCGGCGACCACGGCAGCGGCAGCAGCAGCGGCAGCAGGAACAGCAGCCGGCGACAACAAGUCGGCCAGCAUGGCGCCGCCAUCAUCAGAGCCAGACAUUGGGCCGACAGCGACGGCGCAGCGCAUCGUGGAGCUCGUGUCGUCGCACACGCGCAUGCUGGUGGGCACGACGGACAAGGCGAUGCUAGACGUGUUCAACGCCGAGGUCGGGCAGCGGCUCUUCGUGGCGAUAUGCAAGCACCUCAAGCGGCAGCGCGUGAGCACCGACGGGGCCGUCAAGCUCAUCGCCGACAUGAACCUCUACGCCGAGUACGUGCGCGCCCUGCGCAACCAGGACCUGCUGGCGUACUUUUCGGCCCUGCGCGAGCUCAGCCAGAUUUACCUCAUCGACCCGGCGCACGCGCGCGACAUGGCCGCCGUCAUCGCCGACGGGGACCGCUUCGGCGGCGUGUUUCGCGCCGAGGAGGUGUAUGAGUAUGCGCAGCGGAGGGCGGACUGGUAUCAGGUGCGCAAGAGCGUCGAGAGGGCCAUGUACGGGAUGGAGUGCCUGCUCAUGUGA